ACUGUACUUUACCACGGUUUGCAAAGAAAAAGAAUACGUACCUUUCACAAAGUACAUAUUUCUUCUCAUCGGCAAGCUUCCAUGAAAUGUUGGUCAAUAUCUAAUGAACUACACAUUCACAAUCUUCGCUGUGAGACCUAAGAUCUCGCCUAGGUCAAAAAUAUUUUCUAAAACGUAAACCUGAGCUGUGCGUGUAACCUAUUUAAUUUAAUCUGUGCAUGGAUGGAGUUGAUGUCGAAGGCAUAGGAAGGAGUGUAAACAAUGUGUUGAUAGGGAAUAUUUUCUCGUUGAACAUACAGAACAGAACAUACCGGUUUUUCAUAAUUUAUGGCGAGGAACUAUGAAAAAAAUUUUAGCCAGCUGAAUAGAUUAUGGAUUUCUCGGAUGGUAACUGGAAAACAUGAAAAACAGAGUAAAGUCAGACCACAACACAGUUUGAGAACAGCAUCCAGUAUGAAACAUAGUUUGUCUUCAAUCAAAGAAGAAAUGGAAUACUGUCUGAAACAAUCACAAGUACCUUGCUAUACUGAUGGCAAAGUAUAUGACUACUACCACAGAAUCACACAACUGGAACUCAAAUACAAGGCUACUUUGCGGAAACUUCGAAAAUGUGAUCAUGUAACAAAAGAAGGCACCUCACCUUCACUACCAUAUAAGCAGAAGGCAAAUCGUUGUGUACCUGCUCAGUUACAUAAAAUCCACACUCCAGUACUAGAUAAGCCAGAGAACAGGAUAGUGACAGAGCAGCCCACCGUAACACAAUGUGAAGCAGAGUUUAUGGACAGACCUCUAGAGUUCCAGGCACUCAAAAGAGAGGAGAUGCAAGAAACAAAGGAACCCAAGAUAGACAUCAUCCAUCCAUUGGGAAUAGAUUACAGUUCAUCAGAUGAAGAGACACAACAGUAGCAGACAUCAUGUCACUUAUUUGAAGUAAAUAUAUAACUGAUACAAGAUUUAAAGGUCUAAUAAAAAUACAGCAUCUGUAUAUAUAUAUAUAUAUUUAUAUAGAAUAUGAGUACAACCAAAGCCACCUGUAGUUCUGUAUAAUGGACUUUGGUUUUUAUUCUAUUUACAGAAAAGUCUUUCUUACAAAUUCAUUAAAGCAUGGAAUAAUUAUUCGUAACCAUACAAGUGAACUGAAACAAGAAAAUAUAAGACAAAGAAUAAACUGACUUCUGACUUCUA